CCCCCACUCAUUUACACCUUAUAUCACUUAUCUUUCUCACUCAUUCACUCUCACAUAUCUGCAGCCUCAUUCACAUAAACCCUAAUUCCAUCGAUCAGAUCUGUUCAUCUCAUUCCAGAUACAAGCCGCCAGCAGUCGAUCAGCUUCCGCCGACAACCUCCUCAGGUCCGCUACCUGUCCGCCAGAUUUCAAUCGACUGAUGACACCGACUGUUUAGCCCAGACUCUCCUUCAACAACGAAGCUUUGCGCCCUCUCUCUGGACUCUCCUUCAACAACGAAGAUCUGCCAUCUCUCUGAAAUCUCCUUCAACGACGAAGCUUGAAGGUAUGUCAAAGAGCAAACAAGAUAUGGAUGUGGAAGAGUUUGAAGCAAACCUUGAGACUGAUGAUGAGUAUGUUGCCAGACCACGUAGGCGACAAAAAACGAAGAAGAAACUGCUACUUAAAAAGACUACUGAUGCAAAAGUGGUGGUGAAAGUUAACAAAUUUGGAGUACAUUCGGGUGAUGGAUGGACCGAGCUAGCCAAUUACAUUGGUGUUUUAACCAGGGAUACUAUGUGCAUUCUGUAUGAUGACUGGCGCAAAGUACCGGAAGAUGUGAAAGAAAACAUGUGGAACCAUAUUCUGAAAUUAUUUGCAUUGACCCCUAGGUCUAGGAAGCAAGUGAUGAGUACAAUGGGAGUGUGUUUGCGAAACUUUAGGUGGAGUCUACGUAAUGAUUUCAUCUUCCAACAUCAGAAUGAUCUCAAGAUGUUACGAUUGCCUCCGGCAGAGUAUAAGCAUAUACCUACAGACGAGUGGAGGGAGUUUGUGAUCAAGUCCUUCAAGGCAGAAUUCAAGGCAAAGAGUGAAAAGGGGAAGAAGAUGCGCAAGAAGAACAAAUAUAACCAUCGACUUGGAUCGACAGGUUAUGCAGGAUUACUUGAGAGACUGGAAAAAGAACUUGGACCUGAUGUGAAACAGAUAGACCGAGCUGAUACAUGGUUAUUGGGUAGGAAAAAAAAGGAUGGAGGCUAUGAUGAUGAAGUGAAGGAAAUUGCUGAAAAAAUAGUAAGCGUAACUGAUUUUAAAGUUCAUCAUGCGCUGUUUUGACUUAAUAAAAACAUCAAAGUGUAAU